UCGUUUUCAAUACGUUAUUUAUUUGGGCCUAACGUGAGGCACAUGGUGAUUUUUAUUAUACUGGAGUAGAUUUUUGGACUCAUACAAUAAACAGUAUGAUGCUUUCAAUUAUUCUCCACGCCCAAUCCUUGCGAUUCGGAAUACCAGCUUUUAUAAUGGUCGGUGUUUCGCCACAUUAUUUCGCCGGCUGGUUUACAUGGCGCUUGAUUUCAAGCAUCCUUCCACGACGAGUUUAUGAGAGGAUAGACGAAAUGGCUUACGAUUCAUACCAGUCUCUAGUAACGUAUUUUUUUGAAACAUUCACAGGUACAAGGCUUAUAUUUUAUGGAGAUGAACUUCCACUAGAUAAGAAAGAAAAUGUUGUUUAUAUCAGCAACCACCAGUCUGCAGUUGACUGGGUAGUGACAGACCUUAUUGCUAUUAGGCAAGAGUCUCUUGGAAGAAUUAGAUAUGUUUUGAAAAAUGGUUUGAAAUAUCUACCUCUGUAUGGAUGCUACUUUGCACAGCAUGGAUGUAUUUAUGUAAAAAGAGGUGGAGAAAAGAAUGAUCUCAAAAUAAGAAGAAAAUUACAGGCGAUGGCAAUGAACAAAACACCUUUUUGGCUGGUUAUCUUUCCUGAAGGAACCAGGUAUGAUCUGAGUAAGCAGCAUGUCAUCAAAGCAAGUCAAGAUUUUGCAGAGCAAAAUGGCUUGCCAGUGCUUGAACAUUUACUAACUCCACGAACAAGGGCUACAGAGCUCAGCUUAGAGGAGCUCGGACCACAUCUAGAUGCUGUGUAUGACGUCACAAUCGCCUACUUGGAUCCGAAGAAACCGGUUCUUCCAAAAGCCAAAGGAAAAAGCCUUACAGAAUUUUUAGCGGUUAAAGGAAUUGAGAUACAUAUUCAUUUGGAAAGAAUUAGUGCAAACCAUAUACCAAAGACAAAAGAAGAGAUAAAAGAUUGGUUAUUCAAGCAAUUUAGUAAAAAGGAAAGACUUCUUUCACAUUUUUAUAGUGAAGAAACAGCAGGAUGUUUUCCCGGAAAAGGAAAGGAAAUCAAGCUUAAAACAAGAAGGACAUUUCCUUAUUUUAUCUUCUGGACUGGGGCUUUAGUUGCUACGUUGUCAACUUCCAAGGGAAGAGACUUAUAUAUGAAAAUGUGGUCAACUUUGGGAUUUGCAUCAGUUCUUUAUAUGGCUACCUUGCAUGGAACUCUUCAGUCAUGAACGCUACAAACACCACUUCCCAGUCAAGUAUCAAUUGCAUUUUUCUGUAAUGAUGUGGCAACAAUACAUCUUCAGUGUUGGUAUUGACUACCAGGAAAGUAGAAACUUUGGUAAUGGCAGAGGAUGAAACCACUUGUUCUUGUGUGUAUUAUAAAAUAUAAUUUAUUUUCUACAUCAAAAGAUCAAAUAGGCAAAUACAUGAUAACUGUGAUGCCCUUGCAUGAAAAGGAUCAAAGACUUUAGUUUGCAAUUUUCAAAUUUUAGAUUGUUUUAAAACAUUUUAGUAUAGUCUUCCCUCUCUUAUAUUGUGUAAAAAGCGCUAUUGAAUGUGUCAUGUGACUCAUAUGUAUAUGAAGGGAAAUUAUGGUUUAAGUGGCUGUAGAAGCAUAACAAAAUAUUUGUGAUUGUCACCACAAUCCAAAAAAUACUACAAAUGCCCUCAUUUUAAUUUUGUUUUUUAAUUUUUUAAAUUUUGUAUAGCUGCCUUUAUUUGUUUUCUUAAAAAUUCUUGAAUACAUUUUUUUUGUAUUUAAGUCUCCUUUGGAUUUAGUCAUCCAGAAUAUUUCUUCUGUUGUAAAGAAUAAUAAUGCUUGAAUACUAUUAAUGCUUGAAUCUACUGAAAGGUGCCAUUUUUAGUUGAUGGAGAGAAAUAGGAAAGUGCCUAUAUUGCAAUGCUUUAGUCUAGCCACCUAAAUUGAUCACAACUUGUUAUGUCUUAAGCAGAAAAUUACAGAGAAGCAUGGACUCCUCUUGCUAAAGCUGUAUUUUUCAUCACAUUUUAAACUGUUUUGUGAAGAUUGGGGUCUGUUACCCCUACUUAUUUUCUCUUAUGAUAUUUUCUGUAAUGUAAACUGAUUCAAGAGAUUUGCCAGAAACACACAUCAAAGAAUCACAACUCACACAAGUCAAAUUAUCUUCUGUCUACACUGUACAAUAUUAUAUUAUAGAAAUUAACAGAUGAUAGCAAA